AUGCCAGCACCUUUUCGUAGCCAGUUCACAAAUGCAAAAGGAAAGUUUAAUUCCAAAAAGGGAUUGCACAUCUUCGUUUCGAUCCCACACCACAUUUACAUUGAGAUCCUCAAUUACCGCGACACCAUUGCUGAGCAAGCUGCUGAGAAAGAAGAUGAGGAAAGCUCUCGUCACCCACCAGUGGUAGUCAAGCCCUUUGGAACCAAGACCACCCAAGACAGCUAUUGCUCAUCAAACCAUAGACCCCCCAUGUCUGUGCAGCAGGCACCUGGGACUAUGAUCAUAACUAUUCCAUCAUCUUCUGAUGACAAUGAGGACCAACCAGAAGAUCAACUGUCUACUCCACCACACAAGAUUCCUCAGCGUGGUCAAGAGUCCCCUGACAUCAAGACCAUUUGUGCAGCACUGCGAGCACAGGAAUCAGGAACACGGGGGAGUGCUCAUUCAAAAUACAACAUGGAGGAGAUGCCAUGCAUCGUCUUUGUUGCACCUCACACAAGCUGGAAGGACUUGAUCAGUACUCCGAGUAUUGUCCAAUUGGAGAAGAAUGUCACCCCUAAGCGAGUGAGCAUCUUUGUCAAUCCAAAAGGAGAGGCUUUCUGUGGCACGUUCAAGAGUGCUCGCUUUGGACACGUUAGCACCCCCAUUUUUCCUACCACACCUACCACAUUGCCCUAUGUUUGCAUCAAGCAAGCCUUCUACGAGAAGCCUGAUGGCAAGCUUGCUUACUACUCUUGCACCAAGCAGAGCGAGAUUCUAGACAAGGAGAUCGCUUGCCUGGUGUGGGCCUCUGCAUUAUUGGACCUGGUCUAUGACUUCAUCAAGUGCAAUGAGGAGGCGCCUUUCAACAUUCCCCAGAUGUGCUUUGUUCAUGCAGCACUGGCAAAUUCUAAUGAGGUGGACGGUGUCAAGAAGUCUUAUCCCAUUGAGGAGGUCAUCAAUGGGAAGUUCAUCAAGUACAUCAACAAUGACAGCCCAGAGCUUCUUCCAAUGGAGAAUCUGGAUCAGGAACGACAAGCAAAGUUCCUCGCCUUUGCUCAGUAUGUUCAGUAUUUCAAGACAGUCUGUGGUGAUACUCUUCUCACUGACCCUCAAAUCACUACCGAUCCGUGA